AAUGUGGCAUAUCACAACAUACUAGUAGUGUUUGCAGUCACGCUGUAGAUAACCCUUACUGCUACUACAGUGAAUAGUUCGUUUGUUGUUUUAAAAAUAUUUUAGUUAGCUGAUGCUAAUAUUUGUGUGUAGUCUGUAGUCUCUAUGGCCGACUUGGACACGCCAGCCAAGACACAUGGAGUUGGGGUGUUUCUCGAAUUAAGGAAAAGGCUACAAAGUGGACUUCUAAUUAUCGGGAAAGAUGUCGCUGGAAACCCCAUUGAUGUGUUUGUGACCGGUGGAGAUUCCUCUCUUCACCUCCGGACCCCCACAGCCGAGGUGACCUUCAUUUUGCCACCAGGAGUCUCCUAUGUGGACGAAUCCUGCAUUCUGACACCAGGGGGAGAAUCCUGUGAUCGAGAGCGCCAUUUCAGGCUACGAAUAAGUGUUUCACAUAACAAGACUGAAGAGUCCUCAGACAUACUAAGAACAUUGCGGGCUCAGGAGACUUAUAGCUUCUACUGUCAGAGCUGUACAACCAGGCUGCUCGAGGAUAGAUUGUUCAAGCGAGUGCUUCCUCUCCCAAAUGGCAACUGGAACGCCAUUGUGGACGAUUGGUGCUGCCAUCCGGAUCCUUUCGCUAACAAGAAGAUGCUGCCCGGAGCUGAGGAUUGUUUUCUGGGUGACACCUUCUUUCUCCUCACAAGGGAUGGCAGCUGUGAACAGACCCUUCUCCAGGAAGUGAGCCCUGCUGACUCACAGGAUAGUCAAGAUCCGAAAAAAAAUUGCCGCAGACUGACACUUGUGUCCUGUGUGAGCUGUUCCGCAGUUCUCGGAGAAGCGCCGACACCGGAGACCCUCAGACUGUACAUCACACAGGUGAUGGUGGAGUCCAAUGUAGGGGACAGAAAGCCGGAGUCUUCAUUCAGCAGAUCCUGCUUCCUGGAGAGGACUGUUGCAGCAAGGCUUGCAGAACUUUCCAACUCAAUGAGUUCCUUCCACUUUUCUGUCCAAACACAGAGUGGAAAAACGUUCUUGCUGCUCUGGCUGCUGAACAGUGAUUCCAUCAUAGCAUCAGUCCCAGAGUGGUCUGCUUGCACCCACACUCAUCACAGUCCAUCACUGAGGGCUGCAAGAGUACUCAAAGUCCUCUACAUAGCCUGUUCUCAUAUGGGGGUCCAGCAGCAAGACGUGGCCACCAGCUGGGAGGUCAAUGCCACAGGACACUCUGUGGUGCUCCCGCUGAAGGUGUGCGAGGAGUUGCUGCAAGUGUUUGAAGACAGCAAUGCUACACUUCCUGCAUCAAUGCGUCACAUGAGAGCCUAUAAGGUGGCUUACCUACAAUUGUGAGUGCUCAGAAGAGUUGCCGGGAUUUCGAGGCCCUGUUCUGUCGAUGGUCAACUCCCAGUAUUUGCGUGUCACUCUUCAUUCCAAAGAAUUUGAUUUCUGCGUACUUGGAAGACACCUUCCCCAUAUUAGCCAUUCAAACUACAAAAGCCAUGUUACUGUUAUUACCAUUGGUAGAAUGUGGCAUUUGUAUUACAGUUUUUGUUUUAACAUUUGUGUCUGUUUUGUAUAUUUGUCCUAUUUAGAAUUGAAAUUUGUAUUUUAUUUUAUUCAUUUUUUUUUACACAUUUCAACCAAAACAAAUUAAAAUGUUUUUUUUCUUCCCCCCAAUGAAUCAGCUCUUCCUUUCUGUUCAUCUGUUUGAAGGAUCUGCUGCUUGAUGAAGCUUAUUUUAGGGACACUUCAGAGAGAGUGCACAGCAGCCAAUCCUCUACUUGAGGGUAAUUACAUCUUGUGGAAUAAAUGUAGAGUUUUGUGGA